AUGUCAUAUACUAUACCUGAUUUAAGAUUUGAGCAGUCGUUCAUGCGACAACUAAACACCUACGCUGGAAAUAAAGAAAUUGAGGGAAAACACUCCAUUUUCAAUAAGAAGAAUUACAAUCCUUUGCCUAAAUUGACUGAUGGUGAGCUCGAGUUACUUAAUGAAAACUUGGAUAAGGAAGAGGAAGAUUAUUUGGAAGACCCGAAACCUUUGAAACCAAUAACACCGAGAAUAGUGAUAUUUGCCAUCAUCAAAGAUCAAAUUGUGCUACCGCUAUUGCAGGGAUUCUUUUUGACGGGACUUCUAAUGUCAGUUCGUCCUGUCUUGGGAUUACUAGUAAAGAAUGGUCAACAAGCUGGCACUUGGGUUUCGAACUUAUUGGGGCUAAACAGGUUGACGCUGGCGUCAUCGAGGAGAUAUGCGCUGGGUAUUUGA